GCGACCCCAGACUUGAACCAGCCGAUGCUUUUCCUGUCAGAUCCUUUUUUUGGCCUUCGUGAAAAGUCAACUGCUUCUGAAUUUCUAGCCCUGAUCUCUUGAAUUGUUGGAUAUCUUUAGUUCUUCAGCUAAUUUGUCUUUGAUUCUGGAGACACCAUUUUGGCACCAAUGAUCACUGGGCAGCUGAGCAAGCCGCUGCUCUCCCUGCGAGGAGAGAUGGAAGGUGCAGAGCUGCACGAGGACGAGAGGGCUCCCAGUCCGGACAGCGAGACUAAUGAGGAACCUCUCCUGCUGCCUCCGGAUGCCGAAGACAAGCUGUAUGGUGGCAGAGGUGGUUCAGUCCAGUCAGAUGCAAGUAGUAGCCCCUCUGAGCAGGGCCACAUGUGUCAACCCCAUCCAGCAUACCCUGUUGGACCACAGUCUCUCCUGGUGGCACAGCAACUGGCCUCAGCUAUGAGCGGUGUGAUGUCGGGAGGUGCACCAAAUCUGAACCAGCCAAUCCUCAUCCCCUUUAAUGCAGGUGGGCACCUGGGUGGACAGCAGGGCCUGGUUCUCUCUUUGCCGACAGCAGCCAAUAUACAGGGACUGGUGGCUGCUGCAGCCGCUGGGGGCAUCAUGACUCUCCCUCUCCAGAACCUGCAAGCUACCUCAUCUCUCAACUCCCAACUCCAGCAUCUUCAGCAUCUCCAACAAAUACAACAGCACCACCACCAGCAGCAGCAGCAGCAGCAGCAGCAGCAGCAGCAACGAGAACGGGAACACAGAGAGCGAGAGCAACAGCGAGAACGAGAGCGAGAGCAACAUCGAGAGCGAGAGCAGCAGCGAGAACGUGAACGUGAACGAGAGCAACAAUGUGGGUCAGCACACCUCCAACCUCUCAAUCAGCUGCCAUCCCAUCAUCCACUGACUCCUCCAAUCAAGUUACCAGUCACUGGUUCUUUGACAGGCAACGCCUCCUCUUGUACUUCCUCCAGUCUCGGUUCAGUUCAUCCUUCACAAUCCCCACCUUCUCAUAAGCAGAACCAAUCACCAGCACACAGCCUACCCUCUCCAGUCACACCUCCUCUGCCACUGCAGCUCAAUCCCCUAGCCAGCCAGGCAGCAGUAGCAGCAGCGACGAUGGGCUCUAUUGCUGGAUCACAAGUGUUUGGAAACGCUGCUUUGCCGAGCCUGCAGGGAGUUACAGGCCAGCUUGUCACGAAUGCACAGGGACAGAUAAUUGGUACAAUCCCACUGAUGCCAAACUCUGCAGGACCUUCUAACCAAACUGGAGGCGGGACUUCAUCUCUCCAGGUCCAGCCAAUCACACCACAACUGCUGACCAAUGCACAAGGCCAGAUCAUUGCCACAGUGAUCGGGAAUCAGAUCCUGCCUGUCAUCAACACACAGGGAAUUACACUAUCACCAAUCAAACCUGGACAGCAGCUGUCCCAAGCUGCCCAGGCCCAGCCGCCUCCCCCUGUAUCACAGCCAGGCCUGCUAAGAAUGCCCCACAGCCAGAGUCCUCUGCGCCAAGCCUCUUCAUCUUCUUCAACUACUUCAUCGUCAUCUUCAGCACUCAGCGUGGGGCAGCUAGUUAGCAACCCACAUACUGCUCCAAGUGAAGUGGAUGGUGUGAAUCUGGAGGAGAUUCGAGAAUUUGCCAAAGCAUUUAAAAUCCGUCGUCUGUCUCUGGGUCUGACGCAAACUCAGGUGGGCCAGGCUCUAAGUGCCACAGAGGGGCCUGCCUACAGCCAAUCUGCCAUCUGCAGACACACCAUCCUGAGAAGCCACUUUUUCCUACCACAGGAAGCCCAAGAGAGCACUAUAGCUAGCAGUCUGACAGGCAAACUGAACCCUGGCCUUUUAUAUCCUGCCAGGUUUGAGAAGUUGGACAUCACGCCAAAAAGCGCCCAGAAGAUUAAGCCUGUGCUGGAGCGUUGGAUGGCUGAGGCAGAAGCCCGCCAUCGCUCGGGCAUGCAGAACCUGACCGAGUUUAUUGGCAGUGAGCCAUCGAAAAAGCGCAAGCGGCGGACGUCUUUCACGCCACAAGCCCUGGAGAUCCUUAACAGCCACUUCGAGAAGAACACACACCCCUCGGGCCAGGAAAUGACCGAGAUCGCUGAGAAACUGAACUACGACCGUGAGGUGGUGCGUGUCUGGUUCUGCAAUAAAAGGCAGGCGCUUAAAAACACAAUAAAGAGGCUGAAACAGCCAGAGCUAGGGUCUGUCGCACCAAUGGACCCUCUGGCUGACCCCUUGGAAGAACAACCAUAGAUCAGAUGGACUUGUGUGUGAAAAGCUGGACCUAUUUACCGAUAAUUCAAUCAAAUGAACACUAAACACCUGGACUUUUCUAACAUUGUACUGUGAUGGACCACCAAGGACAGAAAUGCUAAUAGGAGCAAAAUGACAUUGAGGUGAAAAGUCUAAAUGCUUACAAAUAUGGGGUCCUCUUUCAGGACCAAGCAGAGAAUUUACACUAAAGAUCACACUUAAGUCACGGACAGCUAUAAAUCUACUACAACCAAAGUCUGAUGUGUCUGAUACCUGACGGUUUUGUUUGUUUUGUUUUUUUUGUAAAUGUGUUCUAAAUUUUUACAUUUGUACUGACCCAAAAGGGAACAAACAAUAUAUGUCUUGGGGCAGUGGGGUGGAGGGAGGGUGUAACAUUAUCUUUGUCUCACUUGCUCACUUGGGUUUUUAUGUAAAUAUUAUGAUAAUUUUGUCUUCAAUUUUCAGACUCUUUGGAAACGUUGUCUCAGAGAAGACCACAUCAUAUACCCGUGGUCCUUUCUUUAGUCACCUCACUCCUGUUUGUAAAACUAUAAUUUGAAAGCUUUUUUUAUCUUCUUAAAGAAUGGGUUAUAUGUCAAAGGUGGUCGAUAUGGUAGAGCCCACACUGUUGCAGCUGUGACUGUCAGUAUGUCAUUGUAUUGCCAAAGCCUUCUAGCCAAAGAACAUCAUUCUUCAGCCCAAGGACAUGGGCUGUAGCCCUAGGAUAUACACGGGCAAAAACAUUACUUGUUUUUUCUUUUGCUGUGAUGAUAUUUUUCCAAUGUUUUGUCCCAGCAAUGGCUUCAGGUCUGCAUGAUUUGCAGCACACAACCAAUGAGUGGUAAAUUAAAUGAAAUAAUUUCUAAGAUGGAUCAUUUUCGUGCAUGUUUUUGUUAACUUUAGGGUUUGGUAGCUUUGUUGUAAAUUCACGUGUCAAACAAAAAAAGGGAUUUGGUAACAUACAAAACACCUAAAAGGAAGAACAUGUUAUCUCACAACAUUUUUCUAUAUAAUGGGGUUAUUUGUUUGAUUUUAUACAAAUGAAGUGGUGACCUAAUUGAACCA